AUGACUACCGUUGAAGAUAUGGCCUCACUUUUAGAGUUGAAUGCUUUAGUAUUUUUAGCCGUAGCAUAUACAGAGUUGGAGGACAAGAAACUUCUAUGGAAAAGACUAAAGAAUGACUUAAAGAAUGUUGAUUUGAAUCAACUGCCAUAUAAUUACCCACUUUGCUCUGGUAUAUUAGAUAUCGAGUCAUCACCUAUCUCUGAUCUACCAAAAACUCUUUGCAAUGUUUUUGAAGAAAAACAAAAAAAAAAUUU